GAAGGGGCCACCGGAAUGAUAUGCAGCAAAAACGGAGAUUGUAGAAGGGAGCCCACCAGUUCAGGCAGCCUCUCCUCUCUCAUCUCCAGACAGGAGACGGGUGCAGAGGCUGAAGACGCUAAGGGUGAACGUAUAGGCAUGGAUGGCGCUGUCACCUCAGCGGGGCCCCUCGGCCAGGGGCCCGGGUCCGAGGUCAAGACCAUCGCAACAGACAAGAAGGACUCCCGAGUGUCCUUCUCUACCAUCUCGGUUGGGAAGGGGCACUUAUCCGGCCAGUCGAGGAACUCCGUCACUUUCUCCAAAGCGGAGGAGAUUGUAGCGGAAGAUGAGGACUCAAGGAACAACCAGACCUACAUGCAGCGCCAGUUCAGUUCCAUGCUCCAGCCAGGAGUUAACAAGUUUUCCCUGCGCAUGUUUGGGAGCCAAAAGGCGGUAGAGAAGGAGCAGGAGCGAGUCAAGUCCGCGGGAAACUGGAUCAUACACCCUUAUAGUGACUUUAGGUUCUACUGGGACUUCUCCAUGCUAAUGUUUAUGGUGGGCAACCUCAUCAUCAUCCCUGUGGGCAUCACCUUCUUCAAGGAGGAGACCACCACACCUUGGAUCAUCUUCAAUGUUGUCUCGGACACCUUCUUCCUAAUAGACCUGGUCCUGAACUUCAGGACGGGGAUCGUGUUUGAAGAGAACACUGAGAUUAUCCUGGACCCUAACAAGAUCAAGCAGAAGUACUUGAAGAGCUGGUUUGUGGUGGACUUUGUCUCCUCCAUCCCAGUGGAUUAUAUCUUCCUCAUCGUGGAGAGAGGUAUGGAUUCAGAGAUGUACAAAACGGCCCGGGCUCUCAGAAUUGUGCGUUUCACCAAAAUCCUGAGUCUGCUGCGUCUGCUCCGACUGUCCAGACUGAUCCGUUACAUUCACCAGUGGGAGGAGAUCUUCCACAUGACCUAUGACCUGGCCAGUGCUGUUAUGCGGAUCAUUAACCUGAUUGGGAUGAUGCUGCUGCUCUGCCAUUGGGACGGCUGUCUGCAGUUCCUGGUGCCCAUGCUCCAGGACUUCCCCUCCGACUGCUGGGUGUCCCUCAACAAGAUGGUGAAUGACUCUUGGAGUGAGCUGUACUCAUUCGCUCUGUUCAAGGCUAUGAGUCACAUGUUGUGUAUCGGGUACGGUCGGCAAGCGCCUGAGAGCAUGUCGGACAUCUGGCUCACCAUGCUCAGUAUGAUCGUGGGCGCCACCUGCUACGCCAUGUUCAUCGGACACGCCACUGCACUCAUCCAGUCUCUGGACUCCUCCCGCCGACAGUAUCAGGAGAAGUACAAACAAGUGGAGCAGUACAUGUCGUUCCACAAGCUGCCCGCGGACUUCCGACAGAAAAUCCAUGACUACUACGAGCACCGGUACCAGGGCAAGAUGUUUGAUGAGGAGAGCAUCUUGGAGGAGCUUAACGAACCGCUCAGAGAGGAAAUAGUGAAUUUUAACUGCCGUAAACUGGUGGCCUCCAUGCCUCUCUUCGCUAACGCUGACCCCAACUUUGUGACGGCCAUGUUGACCAAGCUGAGGUUCGAAGUGUUCCAGCCCGGAGACUACAUCAUCAGGGAGGGCACCAUCGGCAAGAAGAUGUACUUCAUCCAACACGGUGUAGUCAGCGUGCUCACUAAAGGCAAUACUGGCAUGAAGCUUUUGGAUGGAUCCUACUUCGGAGAGAUCUGCCUGCUGACGAGGGGCCGGCGCACGGCCAGUGUCCGUGCAGACACCUACUGCCGCCUCUACUCUCUGUCUGUGGACAACUUCAACGAGGUGCUGGAGGAGUACCCCAUGAUGAGAAGAGCCUUUGAGACUGUGGCCAUCGACAGACUCGACAGAAUAGGAAAGAAGAACUCCAUUUUAAUGCACAAGGUUCAGCAUGACCUCAACUCAGGCGUUUUCAACAACCGCGAGAAUGAGAUGAUCCAGGAAAUCGUCAAGUAUGACCGCGAGAUGGUGCAGCACGUGGAGACGCCGCGGCCCCGUGCCAUGUCCCUGUCCACUUUAACCCCGCCUCUUCCUGGGGGGAUCUACCUUCCCCCUCCUUCCUCUACCCAGCAACAGCAAAACUCAGCCAUCGCCACCUUGCAGCAGGCUGUGGCCAUGAGCUUCUGCCCUCCCAACCAGGGGGGGUCACUGCAGUCUCCUCGGAUGGUGCGGCGCUUCCAGGUGAUGCAAAGCCCAGCGUCGGCCUCUCCACUCCAGUCACAGCUCAUUGCUUCUGGUGCCUUUGCCUCAGUCAUGUCCAGUCCGCCUGUUCAGAGCCCCUUAGCCACUGGGGGGCGAUCUUUCCAGUACGGAUCUAGCGGGCUCACUGGGCCCACGUCUGGAUCACAACUCUCCCUAGUUCAACAGCACAUAUCCAGCCCUGUUCACCGACCAAGCACCCAUAAAAGCACCCAUUCCUUACAAAUGGGAACCUUGAACCAGGACGCAAGGGCACUAUCUGCAUCCCAGCCGUCCUUGCCCCACGAGGGGUUGCAGCCAGCCAUCCCAAGUCCUCCCCAGUCCACGCGAGUCUCCUCUACAUCAAUAGGACCUCCUCCACAGACCCCAUCUGGACACACUGCUGUCCGGAGUGCCAUUCCUCAAAGAGUGAUGCUGCCACACCAAAUGUCUGUAGGGGCGUUUCCUGCAGCGUCCUUACCUUCACCCUUUCAAGGCUUUGGGACGGGGGCCGGGCUGACAGUGGGGGGCUUGGCACAGGGACUUGGAGACUCAGGGCUACCCAAAAAGGACUCAAUAGGGAGCCUUCCAGAAACAGAUCACGUUAAAGUAAGAUCAAGGUUAUCAUCCAACUUGUGAUCUCAGUAAAACUCUUUUCAGCAAUGAGGGUACAGCCACUUUCUAUGGUCCACCCUCUGACUUGCCGUUUGACUAUAUGAAUGUAUGAAUGAGAACUGAGUGGAUUCUAAGUGGAGACUGUGUACAUGGAGAAUUUUGAUAUGUUCAUUAACUCAGUAAGUGCACAGAACUAUAGAAGUAAGGUAGCAUCUUCUCAAAAUGUCCUAAAAUAUUUUCAUUUAUUUCCAACACGUCAGCUUUGAAAUGUAUUACUGAUGAAAGACCGAAUGAGACUGAUAGUAAUUCAGGGACCUAAAUCAGAAAGGCUAUAUUAGAAAUGGGCACUUUUAACUCUCUGUUGUUUAGCUGGGUAGUUGUAUUCCCCUUAUAGGUGUAAUAAUAAGUAUAGUAUUUUAAAACAAUUGUACUUUAAACAAUAUUAUAUAGAAAGCAGUAUUGAAAAUGACCACCUUAAUUUCAGUAUAAUAGGGCAAAGCCAUAAUUUAUGGGGAGUCGGAGAUUGAAAAUGUUGUUUUUCUUUCUUUCUCCUCGUCGGUUGCCUAUACUGUCCAUGAAUAAUUAGUCCAAGCAUUUUUCGCUCUAAAAACUCCAAAAGUGGGACAAAUUGCUUUGUUCCAGCAAAGCCAUUGAUUUUUACAUAAGAGUAUUUGUGUUCUUUAAAGCUACAUUAAUCAAUAUCUUUCAUAAAAGUUUUAAAUUGUAAAACAUUAUGGUUGCUUUCUCAAGUAUCUACAGUACAGCUAAUUCCAUAACAGUGUAAGGAAGGGAUAACAGACACAUGGCCAAGACAUAUUUAACCUGGUCAGCCAUUCUCAGUGAAAGCAUCAACCAUCCAAUCAAUUGAAGUUGAUUAAUGUUGCUUUAAAAUGAACAAGGAAAGUUUUAUUUCAACAAUUCCUUUAAGAGUUCAUGAAAUAUAUGAUUUUAUAAAUAAGUUCAUAAUUCCCUAAAGUAUGCUGAUCUGAUCUAUGAUAAAAAUCACUGCCAGUUACUUCCAAGGAUUUUGUACAAAUCAAAAGUCAUUCAUGAAACCACUUGUCGUCCCCUGAAGUCCUGUUCAUAGUUGGUCAUUAUGUCGAAGCCAAAGCGACUCAUGGUAAAGUCACUACAGCCAGAGCUCUGCCAAGGUCAGAGCACGACAGUGUGCCUCUGUCACUACUGCCUCUAGAAGAGUUUUAUGAGACACCGAAGACUAUAUCUAAAACUAUAACAAACCAUUACACUCCCUCAUUUUCAUCUGUCCAAUGUCAGCCCAUUACAGGUGAAUGAGGGCUGUUAGUCUGAAACGUCUCCUCUGAUUGACUUUAAAGUGCCAAUAUUCACUUCCUUUUACCUUAUCUUACUCCCACUCACAAUUUAGGUUAUCCUUCAAGUCCAAGUAUUUCCACAGAGCACUUUGUUUUCAACGCAAAUGAUUCACCCAGGGACUCAUUUACUGAAAGAUAAUUAAAACUGACUGUGUUUGUGUCUUUUCCUGGAGACACAACUUCCAAAAGUACGUCCUAGGUAACUUGGGCAUAUUAUGUAACAAAAUAUUGUGCAAAGGAUGGGGAAUUCUCAUCACAGGAAGCUUUUCCCCUUAUGGCUUAUGGAUGUUGAGGAUGUUGCCAAGUUUUCAUGUAAAUGUAAAAACAGCCUGAAGUAAUGAUCCAGCUGUGAACAUUACACAAGUGAAAGACAGUGGCCAAAGUUUGUCCUGACUCCUGGGCAUGUAUGCAAACAGUGGUGUUACAUUGUUUAUUGACCAACCAUGAGAACAGUACACUUUGAUUUCUAAAGAGAGCAAUAACGCACAGGCAGUCUCAGUAAAGUCACUUUAAAUAGAGAUAGAGAUGCAAUAUUUCAUGUCCUAGAUCAGAUUUUAUAACAUUUGUUCUGAGCUUGAGGUUUAACCUGGUUGUAAUUUAUGUGUACACAUGUAAAGGGACUAUUUAUUUAGCCUAGUUUACUCUAAAUGUAGGCACACUUAAGAAACUGUUUAAAACAUGAAUAUGCUUUUCUUAUUAGAGAAAUAAUUAUAUUUAUUUGAAAACAAAUGGCUAAUUUUAGACUAUUGCAUUUCACGUCAUUGCAGCUUGUAUUGAGACAAUGGCAGUUGCUGUGGCCAUGGUUAACUUCAUUUUUCCAUUUUGUUACCUUUUCUGAGUUCAUAGCAAACUUUGACACCACAGUUUGUACUCUAUGCAUGUUGCCUCCAACUCUGUCGAUGCACUUCACAGCUCCUCCAGCAGCAUGUUAUGUAAAAGGUACAGUGCUCAACUGUUAGCUGUUAGUUGUUCGCAUUUCAGUGCAGCCUGAAGGGUUCACAGGCAUCUGGCACACAACCCACCCAGAUGUACAAGUCAUGUGCUUGUAUAUCUGUAGUAAUUCUUUGGAACUAAAUAGUCUAAUAUGGUUUAUUAUUAUGUUGAUAAUGUUGCAUUGUGUGGCCAAAAGCCCCAUUCCUAUGCCAGAGGCACCACUAUAAACAAUGCACUUUUUGCCACUUGUGCAUUCUUUAAGAUGCUGGACAGUUUGAAACACACAGUUCAGAACCUUUGCUAAAUGGACACUUGAAUCUAAUACAACAGUCGCCAGUGAGUUUUGAUUUCACCCACACUCACACAUCUAAAAGUGUGCAGCAUAUCUAUAGUGCCUAGAUUAAGCAUCACUCAUGUUCUAUACUCCUUUUGUGUGGCUGUACAAUAAUGCAAAAUUAUAACAAUGCAAAUGUCACUAUCACCUAU